AUGACCCUUUACAGGGUUAAUGAAAUGUCACUCAGAACCCCCAUCGCUCUCUGUCAGUGUAACGCAUUUGCAACUUUAGAGUGCCUGUGGACUUACUAUGUGACACUGCAGUCUGCUUCCAGCACAUUUCCUCUAUAUCUAAGAUUACACCGGAUCCGCUGCAGAGUCCAGAUGGUUCUGGUUUAUCUGUUCUUUGAGAUCAGUUUAAACUCUACUGAGUUUGAGAGAGGAAUGAAGCAGGCUUUGGUCCAGAUCUCCUGGAAGAUGUCCUGUGGGAGGUACCAUGAGCUGAAAGGGCUCGUGUCUGAUGAAAUGCGUGAACAUGUGGAAAAGAGGUGUCGGUCUUUGAGUGAUGCUCAGAGGAAGCAGCUUGCUGUCAAUAUAGACGAUUUGCUAUUCAUGCUGCCAAUAGAUAUUUCUGUUGUUUAUGAUCAGAAUGGUAGAAAGUUCUGCUCCAUCCUCGUGAGGUUCUGGUUCUUGUCGUCACACGAAGGACCAGAGGACCCAGAAGGAACUAAGAUCUUCAAAGUGUCCUCCAGUGAAGAUGGCAGCCUACAGAUGAAAGUUGCCACUGCUGUUUAUGAGUACGGAUCCUGAAGUUUGAGUCUUUUUCUGUUGUUUACAAAGAGUCUGAGCUGCGUCUGCCGGCUCUUUGCUCAGAUCAACUUUCUGAUUGUUAAUUAGCUCGACUGUUGUGUGCCAAAAGGUUUGUUUACUUUAUUUCUCCCUAUAGAGACGUUUGAACGACAAAAAGAACAAACAUUUACUCAGAGAAAUAAUUAUGAACUGGAAAAAUCUCAGUGUCUGUUUUUUUCCACAGCUGAUGGUUUUCAGAGUAUUCCACUGCUGAGCAAAAGUUUUAA